CACACAGUCAAUACAUUGAGCCAGACUUGUGACUGUUCAAGGUAGCCAGGGGAAGACCAGCUUCAAUCUGCUCGUGAGUGAAGCCAAUGUUUUGUCGACGUUGAAGAGAACGGACUGGAUCACUCACUCUGGAUUUGAAUGGUUGCAACAACAAACAAAAACCCACUAGUCCUAUGAUGCUAUUUAUAUCUUAAUGCCUUAAAGGGUUGAUGCGCAGUCUCCUAUCAGGGCCGGCAUUGAAGAAAUCAAAUGCUGCCAGAUGGAACAGACUUGAGCCGUAAAUAAUUUUCUUUCUAAUCAUCCGUGAUCGCCGAACUCCUCCUGUCCUUGGGGAGUUUUGACCAACUCGUUUUGCCGUAGAAAGUGUUUUCGUGCCAACUGAUUUUGAGUGCCUGCCACAUUUUGUCCCUGUUUUGAGGCACCAACUUAGGUUCGGUCAUGCCACAGCCCAAUGUUAGUGGGAUGGAACCUGCCUUCGGAGAUGCUUUUCGAAGUUGCUGCCUCUACUCAUCCCUGGACCAGACUGUUGCCAGCCCAGAUAGCAGUCCAAACUCUGGCUUCCUGUAUGAGCAGGAACGUCAACUGGCUUAUACAAAUAGCUCCAGAAAUGAUCUGCUAAGUCUGAAUUUGUACAGAAGUCCCGUGAAAGAGAAUAUAGAGCUAUUGAGUGACUUGGUGGAUGAUGAACCAUCUGACAGCAACAGAUGUGAGCGAUGGGAUAUAUCAGCUUUAGAAGACUUUACCAAGUACACCAAAGUGGAUCUUUGGAAUGACAAGGAGUUGGACUUGUUGGGUUUGGACGAGCACGCAAGUCCUUAUCAAAACGAAGCCGAGAUCUUGCGAACACCAACAUUAGCUGAGCUGAACGCUGAUGACUCGCAGCUUGUUACUGACUCUUGGUGUCUCCUUCGACCUGUGAAGGAGGCUUCCCCAUUCUCUGGUAAACCUGACAGUGUCUGCAGAACUGCAGGACACCCUAAAAAAGGUAACUGCAUGGAUCCUUUAAUAGAUUCUGACUUCCAGGCAGAGAGCACUGCUUUUCUUCAGAAGGGGGAAGACCAGCAAGGCCAUUUGAGAAGCAGCAGGUCCUGUGUCAAUGCAGCGAACAUCAGAAAUCCUGAAAUACCAUCGAACUCCGGAAACAAUGACCUCAGUGACCAAACCAGCAACUCCACAGCGUCUGUAGAUUCUGCAUCAAACCCAGAAGAAGGUGCAAUUCAUAACAAAAUAGGAUCAAGUUCUUGGAAGCAUCAAAGACGGUUAGCGACCACCGAGCUGGGGGAUAUGGGUGCAGAGAAACCCGACUUCAAUAAGGGGGACGGUCGUGUGUGUACCCACCUAACUGCGUUCCCCAUCUGGUCUGCCCAGCAGGCAAGUGGGGGGCAAAGCCCUGAAGCUGGAAUUGAACUGAAGAACCACGAGCACAACUACUCUCUCUUCAGCGCUGAAGGUCUGGGAUUGCACGCGAAUGAAGAGAGGCUGGAGCCGGAAAACGGGUCGGACAGUGAGCAGGAUGACAGUGAGAAUGAAGACGAUGAGGAGGAAGAUGAUGAUGAAGAUAAAGAUGACUUCAGCGACUACCUUUCCGAAGCCGGUAGGUUGAGUGGAUAA